AUAUCUCUUCAUUUCAUUAUUAUUCAUUCCAUCGAUCAAACACUGAUUUUUAAAUUGCAGCAAUAAGUACAAUUAUAAUUAUCAUUAUUUUGAAAUGAGGUCGAAAAGCCAGUUCACCAUUAAUCUGAACUUCAAGUUCAUCCUCAUUUGCUUUUUCAUAAUUUUCCUGCUGUUCCUAAUCCCAAAAUCAAGCUUCCCUCCAUCACUACUGGCAUUAUCAAAGCAAGUUACUCCGGCGAAAAAGCCGCAACAGUCGCCGCGAAAUCAAGAACCGGCGGAAUCGUCGGAAUCCUGUCUCCACGGGGGAUGCGGCAAGAUUCCGGCGUCGCUGGCGUACGCGCUGGUCCACUACGUCACCAACAACGUCACACCUCAGCAGUCUCUGAAUGAGAUCUCGGUGUCAAUGAGGGUUCUGGAGAGGAAGUCGCCGUGCAACUUCCUGGUCUUCGGGUUGGGCCACGACUCGCUGAUGUGGACCGCCCUGAACCACGGCGGCCGGACGGUGUUCCUGGAGGAGGACAGCGCUUGGAUGGACGAGACAAAUCUCCGGUUUCCUUUCCUUGAGUCGUAUCAUGUCGUUUAUGACACCAAGCUGACGGAGGCGGAAAAGCUAUUAGAAGCGGGGAUGAAGGAGGAGGAAUGCAAGGUGGUCGGAGAUCCAAGAGAGUCGAAAUGCCGACUGUCGCUGAAGGGGUUGCCGGACAUAGUGUACGAGACGGAAUGGGACCUGAUAAUGGUGGACGCCCCCACCGGUUACCACCGCGAGGCGCCGGGGAGGAUGGGCGCCAUUUACACCGCCGGGCUGAUUGCUCGGAACAGGGCGGAAGGGGACACCGACGUCUUUGUGCAUGACGUGGAUAGGGACGUGGAAAAUAAAUUCUCGAUGGCUUUUCUUUGCAAAGGGUAUAUGAUUGAGCAGGAGGGGCGGAUUAGGCAUUUCACCAUUCCUAGUCAUAGAUCUCUCCACACUAAUACACCCUUUUGCCCCACCACACCCUAGGUUUAUUGUUUAUAUGUAUACUAGUUUAAAUAGACAUAGUAUCAAUCUUUGUCUAAUUUUCUAAUCAUGGAGUACAACAUAUAUACAUGGAUAAUGGAUUUACAUAUAAUCUCUAAAAACUUAUAAAAGUGAAUGAGAGUAAGGGUUCUUUGGGUAUAUGAAAUGUGUUGGUG